ACUUGUGGCAGUGGGUUACCAAACAGCCGGCAGAAUUAUUAACAAACUACGAAAACAUUGAAUGUUUUUGCUCCGAAGUGACCUAAGACCAAAGCACGCGACGCGUUAAUUGAAAUGAAAUUGCUGACAAACGCUGUGCGGCUGCGGCCACUGCUGCUGCUGCGCCGCCAAAGGUCGCAUGACACAAAAACCGCCCGGGCGUUGGAUCCGCCAAGGCAACCGGUUCCAACUAGUGCCCAGCUGGAUGAGCUGGAGCGGAAUGUGAAGCUGCGCCACCACAAAAACAACAUACCCCUCAUACGUUCCCUCGCCAACGAAGCUGCCAAUGGGAGUCCGGACAUUCUGAAAAGAUUACAACUGGAGUUGGAACAGUUGCCCAAUGAAACACAUCCCCGGGUUCUGGAUUAUGGCGAGGAGCCUCGGGAACUGGCGCAGUAUAAGCAUCGGGAACUUCCUGCCGACACCACCAUCAAGGAGUUCUCUGAAAUAGCCCGCGCCCUGAACCUUUACAGGAUGGACCACCUCGGCAACUACACCGGGCACAAGAGCUAUUACCUAAUGGGGCAACUGGCCACCCUGGAACAGGCCAUUAUUCAGUAUGCGCUGCAAGCCGUCACUUCGCAUGGCUUCAAGCUGAUCUCCGUGCCGGACAUUCUGCCGCGGGAAGUAAUCGAGUCGUGUGGCAUGCGCACCGAAGGGGAACGAACUCAAGUGUACAAGCUGGACACCGGAGAAUGCUUAUCGGGCACCUCCGAAAUGGCCUUGGCCGGGUUUUUCGCGAAUAAACUAUUGACGGAAGAGCAACUGCCGCUCAAAGUAACGGCCGUGAGUCGGUGCUAUCGGGCCGAGACAUCGGGACUGCAAGAGGAGAAGGGCAUAUACCGUGUACACCAGUUUAACAAGGUGGAAAUGUUUGCCAUCUGCACGGCGGAGCAGUCGGAGGCCGAACUGGAGGAGUUUAAGGACACCGAGGUGGACCUCUUCCGGCGGCUGGGUCUUAACUUCCGGCUGCUGGACAUGCCGCCCUGCGAGUUAGGGGCACCGGCGUACCAAAAGUACGACAUCGAAGCCUGGAUGCCGGGCCGGAAAAUGUGGGGCGAGAUAUCCAGCUGUAGCAACUGCACGGACUACCAGGCCAAGCGGUUGGGGAUCCGAUAUCGUCGAUCCAGCGACGGACAGGUCGUCGACGCGCACACUAUCAACGGAACGGCGACGGCCAUCCCCCGCCUGCUGAUCGCCCUGCUGGAAUCAUAUCAGCGGGGAGAUGCCGUCGAGAUACCCACCGUACUCAGGCCCUUCAUGGAUGGCCAGGAGCUGAUCACACGAAACAAGCGGAUACCGGAGACCAAGCUGGUCAAGUUCAUCAAGGCCUAGCCCAACACAUUCAGCUCCACUCUGUUAUCAUUGCUAAAGCUCUGAGCUUAUCACCGAGCAUGGGAAUCUUUUGAAGCACUCCCUGUCUGGCAGAUGUUGUGGAUAACGGGCGCCCGUUUGAAUCACACUCAUUAAUCACCGCCGGGCUGAAGAUAUUGAAUUACAAAAUUAGAUUAGUACGUACCCCUCGACUCCGCCGAAAUAUUUCAUUCUGGUUUGUUUAGUGCACUGUUUGAGCUGCUCCGACUGGAAUGUGGCUGCUGGUUGCUGGUGAAUGCGAUUAAAAUCCUGCAAUAAAACAAGCGCAAUUAAACAAUAUAAAACAAUGCACGAUUAAUUGUUCGUAGUACCUCCCCAACAGGUUGUUAGUCCAACAAUCUUAUCGGGUUUCGUAAGCCCACAAAUAACAUUUGGCAAAGGGGUGAAACCAAAUCAAGUUGUUAAAAAAUCAUUGUACAUUAUGGUA